CGACUACUGGCCGCUUCGAAGUCCAGACACGAAUCCAAUUGUCACGCUAUACGUGCAGACCCUAUCGUUGCCCAGCAUCUCGGAGAUGAUCAGCCGAAAGAGGACGGAGAUCGUACAGCUCCCCUGUCGCAAUCACAACUCUCCACAGAUGCAUAAAUUUACGCGCAAUUGUUGAGAACACUUAAGGGAGACGGGGGAUGGAGAAAUGGCGAGACUAUGUCCUGUUCUGGGGCCUUUAUCUGAUUGCCCUGGUCUUCAUGGCCCUUCGCGUUGCCUCGAGAAUCUCAAUUCGUGAGCGUCUGAAAGUUGACGAUUACUUCGCCUUUUCGUCAUUCGCGCUCCUGUCGGUUGAGACAGCCAUCCACACGGCCGCCGUUUCACCAUAUAUCGACGCGUUUAACGUAGCGCAAAACAGUGCGGAUUUCAGGCAAGCUCUAUCGGAAAGUCCAGCCUUGAGAGAAAAUGUGGCAGUGGUGCUCCGAUACUCUUUUGCCUCUCUCAUCAUCUUUUGGCUUACGGUAUGGUGCGUGAAGUUUUCGAUGCUUUUCUUUCUUCGGCCAAUUAUGAUGCCAAUCCCAGUUUAUCUGGAAGGCUGGUAUAUCGUGCUCGGCUUCACGGUAAUGAAUCUCGUCGGAUGUUUUCUUAUACAAUUCUUCGGAUGCCUGCCUUUUGGGCUUAACUUCUCGGUCGAGGAUGAUAACUGCAUCUCCGGAAACUCCAGGGAGCCAGGCAAGCUCUAUGGCACGACAGCUUUAGACACACUAUCUGACGUUAUGAUCGUCAUUCUCCCAACUCGACACCUCUUCGAACUGCCGGCAACAAAAAAACAGAAAGCGGGUCUUGUCGUAGUAUUCGCGCUGGGAUGGAUAAUUAUCGCAUUUUCACUUGUCCGAGCAAUUCAUGCUUCGAGGGCAGGCAACAAUAUCCUCGGCCCAGUAAAUCAACGUUGGCUCGCAAUCUGGAGCCAUGUGGAAUGUGUAGUUGCGGUGACUGUGGCUUGUCUUCCACCAAUCUGGGUUGGUUAUCGGAAGCGUUGGAGGAGAGCACAUGAAUCCUCGAUGUCGUGACGAUCAACACGUGUUGUAUAUGCUGUGACACCUCACGCACUUGUCAAACCCUGAUAGUGUAAAGAUACAUAUUACAGAACAAGUCAACGUAAAUACACUGAUACUAAUCCGUUGGUCGG